AUUGGGCUACCUCGGGGGCGGAAGGCAGAGCUGCUGCUCAAACUUGCGGCGGGAAGCGCGGGGGGCCCAGGCGAGCCGUCGCCAUGGAGACGCUGUUGUGGCAGGUGGAGCAGCUGCCCGGGCUCCUGGCCGUGUCCCGCUCGGGGCAGGUCCGGGACUGGGACCCGUCAACCCUGGAUAGAGCCCUGCAGUGGGGCCGCUACUUCCAGCACCUGCACGGCCGCUUCCGCGCCCAGCCCCGGCUCCGGGCCGCCCUGGGGCAGCGACUCCGCCGAGGGCAGCCGGGGCCGCCGUUAGGCUUCGGACACCUGGGGCGCUGCCCGGAGCUGCUGGGCCUAGCGCUGCUGGGCAACCGGGCGCUGCCGCCCGCCGCCUGCCACCGCCUCCUGCGGAGCUUGCUGCUGCCGCCCAGCGGCCAGGCUACCCCGGGGCCCUGCAGCCUCGGCCUCCUGGCCCGGCGCAGGGCCGCCGUCCAGCUGCUGCCGUCGCCCAGCCCAGCCCCGGCGCGCCCUGAGGAGCUGGAGCCGUCGCUGCGGACCGAGGCCCAGCUGCUGCUGUCCCGGCUGCAGGAAGACGAGGAGGAGCAGGGACCGGCGAGUGUCCUGGAGCAUCUGCCCGGGCCUAGGGUCUACCGGGUGCUGGCGGCGCUGCUGCUGGAGCAGGCCGGGGACAACGCUGGCAGAGAGGGGGCCAGCUGGGCAGAGCACAGGGAGGGGCCCAGGCCGGCUGCGGCGGUGCUCUCCUGGCUGCUCGGGGACCCAGGCCGGCUCUCCGCUUUCUGCCGCCUCCUCCCGGGCUCCCUCCUCGUUGCCCUUUCUGCCCGAUACCCCCAGCUGGGCACCCCUUACUUACAUCUCCUUACCAGUUGGGGCAGCCGCUUGCGCUACGAUCCCCUGCGCGGCCAGUGGGCCAGCAGCCGCUGCCCUAGUGAGGACGAGUUCUCCUGGGAAGAGCUGCGGGAGCGCUUCGGCUGCUUCAUGAGGGGACCUGACCCGCUCCGAGAGGCUGCCCUGGCUUCUCUGAAAAACCUGAAGAUCCAGGAUGGAGACUUCGAAGUCUGCGGCCUGAGUGUCUGGACUGACCUGUUGCUGGAGAUGGAGGCACCUCUCUAAAGACACUCCAGCGUUAGCCCGGAGGAGGAGGAGGAAAGGACUAGAACAUUAAAUAGGUUUCAUAUGAAAUUAAAUGGCCUGAAAUCCGAGAAACCGGAGUAAUUUUCUUUUCUCUAUAACUAACAUCAAAGCCAACUGGAUUAUAUCUUGUUUGGAGUGAAAAGGCAACUUUGUGAUCAGAUUGCAUGCCAUAAAACUUAAGUAAGUUAGCAAAGAGCGCCUAAAGGAUUGGGUUCUGCUCUGGCACAUGCUGGUAUAAACCUGGACUGACUCCCCCCACAGGAGUUACCCAUGUAAACUCAGUUAAAUGAGCUCAGAAUCCUUACAUCUAGUCAAGUAGUUCCCAGUUUAAUUUCUCUUACACUGAGAACAAGUUGACUAGGAAUCCUUAAUCUUUCCUCUUCCAAUUUGUUUUCUUCCCACCACCUCUCAUGUCUUUGCCAGCUCUGAUAUUCUCCAAUACUUAUGGUUGGGCUAUUUGGUUUAAGGAUACCCUUAAUUCUGCUGAUCACUAACAGGAAAUGCUUCCAUCCACUAUUGGCACUAUUGCUACAAAAGUAAAGUGUGCAAAUACCUUAAAAUAUAGAGAAACUAGCUUAACUUUCUGUGUGUUGAAAAGUUAGAAGUUGAACUGUGUAUUGCCAUGGGUACAGUGUGUUGACAUUUGUCUGUUUCUAGCAGUUGCAUGCUGGCAGAGUACAAAAAGGGGAAAGGGACUUUUUUGUCUCACCUUUUUAGGAUGCUCAUAAUUCCAAGUUAAAUGUAUUCUUUGCUAUCACCUUGUCUUCCAGUAGUGGUUUAUUUUUGCCUUUUUUUCUUCAUGCUUCGAAAUAUCCUAGGCACAAUGUGGGUAGGAGUGCAGAGGUCAGAGGAGAUUUCAUGCCCCGUGGGAAAGAGUCCAGAAAGCGUACAUAAAGCCUUGCUGAUUUGAUCUUUUAUCAAUCACCAAGUGGCAUGUUUGUUACUAUAUUGUAGUGGAAACUUCAUUUUCCUAUCCUAUUUGUUUAUAACUAUGAAUGGAUACUCAGUAGCUUAGCUUUUUGGUGAAAGUUUCUUUCACCAAACUGGAACCAGAAUGGGAGAGUAGAAAUACCUUCUUUCAAUGGGUUGGGCAACAGACUUCUUCUUUCACUCCUAGAUGAUUACUGAAGGACCUGCUUGUCUUAAUUAAACUGUGACUUUGAUCACAAUCUCUAUGUGGGAAAAUAAUUACUAGUCAGGAUUUGCUAAAUGAAGGCUAGAUGUGGAAACUGACCAUGAACUAUAAAAUGGGUAUUAUCCUAACACAAAAGCAACUGGCUCCUGCAGUUUACUGUGAAAAGUCUAGGUUAACUGCUCAGUUUUUUAAAUAAAACACUUUGUUACGCAAAGCAAGAAGUGGAAUGUUACAGGUAUGAACAUGGAAGGUAUUUGACCUACAGCCUCAAUAUACUUCUGAGCUAUGAUGCUAUCUAACUGCACAUAAAAAUAAACAGUAAAUCUGUUUUGCAAAGCAAUUGAAAUGCUGUAUGGUGAUGAUACAGGGCCAAAUCAUGACCUCUCUACAUCUGUGAGUGAGCAGUUAAUUGAUGAGACUACCCAGGUAAUGUUACUACUUAUGUGAGUGACUGCUCAUCAGUGGACCAUAAAGGGGGGAAUCAUAAUCUGGCUUAUUGUGAGCCACUGUUAAGAGUGUAUCAGUAAAAUGACACCUUAAUGAAGGUAUCUGAAAAAUGCUUUAGAUUGUCUGUUUAAAAGCACUAUGUAAAUGGAAUACGCUGAUGUAGAACAAUUUUAAGAAUUCUGGCAAGUCUAGUCUAAUCUGAGAGCAAAUUUGUAUGGGCAAAUUGUAAACCUAUGAAAAUAGGAAACUAUACUAUAAACCCCUUAAUUAAAAUACCUUUCCUUAUUGUAGUGAUAGUAGAUGAGAGAGAGCAGAAGCUCCUUCUCAGUGAAGCUUGAGUUUUCUGGUAGUACUGAGUUCUUCAACCCAAUGUGGCCCAUUAAAGCAAGGAAUUUCUGCUGCCAGAACAUUCAGGCCCCUGCAUAUCACCCACUUAAUGAGGUUCUUACAGAUGUGUGGUGGGUUUUUGUUUGUUUGUUUGUUUGUUUGUUUUUAAUCAAAGCUGAACAUCUAAGCCUGUUCCUAUUGUUACCUUACUGACAUUUUGCAGAAUACACAUAAAUUUCAAAGCAUAAAUAAAUACACAAUAAAUGAUUCAAAUAAAAUACCAUUGAGACUUUUGGUAAAUUGCAGGAACCCUAGCAUUCCUUUGCUGUGCCACAAAAUGUUGCAAAUAUUCUAUUGCUGUGGAAAUCUUAUUCCUUAACCUCAUAUUUGAUAGUUUAACAAUCCUACUUAUCAGACAGUAUGAUGAAAACCAAAACUGUUUGCAAGGGGAAUUAUAAUUAGCAAAUAUUUUCUAUUCAUGUUUUAACUUAAAAUCUAGCAGAGCUAACAUAAUUUAUAUCUUAUAGUUCCACUCCCCUUAAACUCAUGGAAUACUAGUGAAGUAGUAUAUAUGUAUAUCCGGCUCCUACUUCUGCUUUCUCAACCUGUUGAAUCAAGUUUUAUCCUGUAUUUUCAUACCUUGUUGGCACCUGCUUCUUGCUGUUAUACAGGGAAAGAAUACCAUGGCAUCCAAUUUUCACUUUGUACUUUAUCUCUCUCUCGGUAAAUAUACUGAAGCUACUACC